AUGGAAUUACCAAACAUCGGACAACAAUGCUCAGUUCUCGAUUGUAAACAAUUAGAUUUUCUACCAUUAAAAUGCUCAUGUCAAAAAUAUUUUUGUUCGGAACAUUUUUAUUUACACGCAAAUCAAUGUCGUUUAUUAAAUAGUGAUUUUAAACUAUCUUCAUCAGAAACCAAAAUUAAUCGUUGUUCAAUUGAUAAUUGUAAAAAUGUACAUCAAUUAUUAUCAUUUGAAUGUUCGAAAUGUUCUAAAUAUUUUUGUAUCGAACAUCGUUAUCAUAACGAAUGUUUUAAUGAUCUAAAUCCACAGAUUUCUGAUGAAAAUCAAGAGCAAAAAACUGCUGGUUUAUUUAAAAAAGCCCAAGAAAAUAUUGAUCAAGUUAUAAAUCAGCAAUUAGAAGCGGCUAUGAAAAAACCAUCUGUUUCACAAACCGCAGUCAAAGUUAACUUAAUGCGUUUAAAAUCACGUGCAAAGGGUGAAUCCUCAAUACCAGUGACUGAACGUAUUUAUUUCACAAUUAAUUAUUACUUAAACGAACAAGAAUUAUCGAUUCCAGUUUAUGUAUCAAAUAAAUGGUCUGUAGGACGUAGUAUUGAUUUUAUUGCUAAAUUAUGUAAUCUUAAAAAUAACAAUAAUAUAAAAGAUGCUUUAAAAUUAAAUUUAUUUAAAAAAACCGAUUCAAAUGUUGAAUUAAUUACAAAUUGUAUGUCAGAUCGUUUUGAUAAUUUAAUAAAAGAAUCUAUUGUUACCAAUGGUUCAACAUUAUUGAUUGAUUAUUGUGAU